UCCCACAUACACUGCAGCAGCCAGCAUCCCUUGUGAGUUGUUCUGGUCAGCGCCGGCCACGAGAUGGCAAGCGCCGUUGGCGGGCUGAUGGCCAGCAAGCUUGCCGAGCUUGUCUGGGAUGAGGCUACCCUGUUGUGGAGAUUCAAGGACGGCGUGGAUGGCUUGAAGAGGACCAUGGUGAAGCUGCAAGCUUUGAUGCGCCAUGCUGACCGGAGGGAGGGCCAGGAUGAAGGAGAGAGACGAGAGAUCAUGCGGGUUUGGAUGAAGGAUUUCAAGGCUGCAGCCUACGACAUUGAGGACUUGCUGGAUGAGUUCGACGCUAUUGAACUCAUUAAGCAGGACCAACCCAAGAUUAAGCUAUUCUUUUCAUCCUACAAUCCAUUCCUGUUGCGGUUUACAAUAGCUCACAAGAUGAAGAAGGUAAAGGAAGUUUUAACCAACAUAGAGAAAGAGGGUUGUCGAACCCUUGAUCUGGUGCCCCAAGAUACAUCAAUGUGGGCUGAUGAGGUGGCUAGAAAUCAAGCUACUAUUUCACCCACCAAUGGGGGCAUCGACAUUAUUAGAAUGGUAGGAAGGGAUACUGAAAAGAAAAAGUUAAUCAAAUUACUGAAAAGUGAAGCUGAUGAGGUUGUCUCAAUCAUUCCUAUUGUUGGACUUGGUGGCCUGGGAAGACAACACUAGCCCAAUCAAUUUUUUUUGAUAGUAGAACCAAAACCUUUGAUCUACGGGUAUGGGUCUAUGUGUCUAAGAAGUUUGAUCUACAAAGAAUUGGGGAAAUAAUCAUAUCAACAGUGAGUAGGAGUACCAGUAUUGAGCCAAGCGAAUGGUACAUCACCCUAAAAGAUGGCAAUUUGCAGUCCAUUACUGAAAUGUUGAAAAGUAUGCUCCCUACCAAAAAGUAUUUGAUUGUUCUUGAUGAUAUGUGGGAGGAAGGUGUGGAUAAUUUGGAAAAACUAAAGCAUAUGCUGCAAUAUGGUAGGAAGGGAAGCAAGAUCAUAUUAACUACACGAAUGCAACAUGUAGUGGAUAAAUUGGAUAUUGGUGCUCUAGCUAGUCAAGGAAUAAUCCGCCCUGUGCGCAAGAGUGACCAAAUCAAUUUAAGCAUUUUAUCAGAUGAUGACUGUUGGAAUGUGAUGCGACAAACACCAUUCUGGCAAGGUGAGGAUCUAUGUGGAUUAGAACCAAUUGGUAGACAAAUCGCUAAGAAGUGUGCAGGUCUACCACUACUAGCACGAUCUCUUGGAUUUUUGUUAUCCCAACAUAAGUCUACAGAGGCAUGGGAAGAUAUAAGGGACAAGAAGAUUAUUUUGGGUAUGGAAGAAAAUACUUUGUUGCAAGAGCCUUUGGAGGGCCUCAUGUUGAGCUAUUACUACAUGCCGUUAAAGUUCAAGUUGUGCUUCACAUAUUGUGCAGUUUACGCCAAGGGCUUUACUAUCGCUAGUGACAACCUCAUCCAGCAAUGGAGAGCCCUUGGAUAUAUUCAAUCAAUCAUCGAUGGCAAACACUGUGUCGACUAUUUGUUGGGGAUGUCUUUUCUUCAAAUUUCCAAGACUUCUCAGAAUGCUCCAGAGGAUGCUGAAGGUCCCAUCAAGGUGACGAUGCAUGAUUUGGUUUAUGAUCUUGCAACGAUAAUACUUGGCCAACAGUUAAUUGCUCUAAAUGAUCCCAAAGAAUUGACUCAGAACAGCCUUGAGAAGAAUUAUUGCCGACAUAUGCAGUUUAUCAAUUAUCAGAAGCAGUCUAUUGAUCGGAAAAAAAUUCCAAGUAAAAUUAGAUCUCACCACUUUACAGAGUGCGAUAGAUUGCAGCUUCAAGAUAAGUCAUUCUCUAAAUGCAAGUAUUUGCGUGUCUUGGACAUAAGUGAAUGUUCCAUCCAAGGGAAAUCUGUCCCCAGCAACAUAUCGUUGCCAUCUUCCAUUCAUCAACUAAUGCUGCUAAGGUACCUCGAUGCCUCGGGCUUGCCAAUUACAUCACUUCCGAAAUCCUUGCAUAAACUUCAGAAUAUGCAGACACUAAUUCUGUCUAACUGCGCACUUGAAACCUUGCCUAAUAAUAUUGGUAGCCUUCUUAACCUUUGUUAUUUGGACCUAUCUGGCAAUAGCAGCCUCAAUAAGUUACCCGUGUCAUUUGGGGAGCUCUCUGGACUCUGGUUCCUCAACCUAUCAGCAUGCUCUAAAUUUUAUGAGCUACCUGAGUCAAUUGGCAAUCUUAUUUCUUUACGUCAUCUAGACAUGUCAGGCUGUAAUGUGCUCCAAAAGCUCCCUGACAAGUUCGGUAGCCUUCCUAACCUCUUGUUCCUAAACUUGUCCAGCUGUUCGAAACUAGUUAAACUGCCUGACAGUAUUAACAUCAAGUCUUUAGAGCAUCUAAACCUAUCAAGUUGCCACCAACUACAAGGCCUACCAAACAAUUUUGGCAAUCUUGAAAAUCUCAUGUUCUUAAACCUCUCUGACUGCUACAAUGCACAUAUGUUACCAGAGUCCUUUUGCCGACUUAAGCAUCUUAAAGACCUAGAUCUUUCAGACUGUCAUGAUAUAAAAGAGCUCCCUAAAUGCUUUGGUAAUCUUUCUGAGCUUCAUUCUCUGAAUCUAACAAGCUGUUCUAAGCUGCAAUCAUUGCCCGAGCCAUUUGGUGGUCUGUCAAAGUUGAAGCGCCUUGAUUUGUCAUAUUGUAUAAGGCUUGAAAAUCUGCCAUCGUCAUUUCGUAGCUUGAAGCUUCAAGUACUGUACAUGUGGAAUCUCCAUGAGUUGCCAGAGGGUAUUAGCAACAUGACUAGUCUCAUCAAGUUUGAAGUCCACUCAGUAAAGGGGUGGGAUAUAGAUUUCUUUGGAACUCCUUCCAUUUUGAGGCUGCCUUACAGGGUAGUAGAACAUAGUGUACAUGAACUAAACGAGGUGGGUUAUGGGCCACAUAGCAGUAUAGUGAGCAUUGGGAAAUUGGCUUGUCAACACCUACGGAUUAAUCACCUUGAGAAAGUCAAGCAUUCGGAAGAUGCGGAGAGAGCUAAACUGAGAGAUAAUGCUGACCUCCAGAAGCUAUGCCUUUCCUGGGGCCAUGAAGAUAUGACAGAGAACAAGAGAGAUGCAGAGGUGUUGGAGAACCUUAUUCCUCCUCGGACUCUACAAGGAUUCGCACUAAGAGGUUACAUGGGCACAAACUUCCCUAAAUGGAUGCUUGAGAUAUCCUCCUAUCUUCCGUAUCUCACCAGUAUCAAACUCAUGAAUUUAGCAUGUGAUGCUAUUCCUCCACUUGGGAUGCUGCCCAAUCUCAGGCUGUUGCUUAUCAUCCUAAUUCCCAACAUCAGGAAGAUCGGAAAGGAAUUCUAUGGAGAGAAAGGAGCAUGCAAAAGGUUGCGAGUUAUUCAAUUAUAUGGAUUGAAGAACUUGGAGGAGUGCUGGACAACACGAUCAGGUGAAGAAGGUGAUGAUUUCUUAAUCCCUAAUUUGCACAUGUUGGAUGUAUGGGACUGCCCAAAGUUGAAGUUCCUGCCGUAUCCCCCCAAAAGUAUGUAUUGGGACUUGACCUAAGGCGAUGA